CUGGGACACAUGAGCGGCUAUAAUAUAUCCACAGAACAAGCUGCAGCCAGAAGGAACAAAGAAAGAAAGCCUCCCCGUUCCCUCUUCACAGUCAUUUCACCUUCCCUGCCCCCUCCAAAAAAAACGGACUACAUUCAGCCAUUUUUCACCGCUGUUUGCUACACUUUCCCGACAUUUUGCGUGUUAUUAUCGAGCGCUCAGAUUGUCUGAGGAGAGACGAAGUCGUGAGAGGGGUUUUCUUCCAUCUCGAGUCGCUUUUCUCGGAGGCUCGCCUGGAUGCGUUCGUUGGAAGGCUGCUUAUGGGUUGUGGUCCCCUCAGGCUGACGACUGCGUGUGCCUAGCAGCAUCUUUCCACACUGACCUCGCAUCAUUUCUGUGCGCCCAUGAGGUAACGUACGGACCUACUGGCCCCUCAUCACCACCCUUUGUCCAUCCUUUUCCCUCCCCUCUGUCCCCUCCUCCCUUGAAUCCUCUAAACCAUGGGCCAGAAGAUCUCUGGCAGCAUCAAGUCAGUGGAUGUACGUGGGGAGCCUUCGUAUCGGCCAGUGCGUCGCGAACUACGGGGUCCGGAUUUCUGUCGGCCCCCCAGACUGGAUUUACUGCUCGACAUGCCGCCAGCCACUGCUGAGUCACAACUUCGCCACGCCUGGAACUCUGACGACCGAUCACUCAACGUCUUCGUCAAGGAGGACGACAAGCUGACUUUUCACAGGCACCCCGUGGCUCAGAGCACAGACUGCAUUCGAGGGAAGGUUGGCUACACCCGUGGCCUACACGUGUGGAGGAUUCACUGGCCAGCAAGACAGAGAGGCACCCAUGCUGUAGUAGGGGUGGCUACUGCUGAAGCACCUUUACACUCGGUUGGUUACACGGCCCUAGUGGGCUCAGACUCGGAGUCCUGGGGGUGGGACCUUGGCCGAAACAGACUUUAUCACGAUGGAAAGAACAGACCUGGUAACUCUUCUGCACCCACGUACCCCAGUUUUCUGGAGCCAGAUGAGUCGUUUGUUCUCCCAGACUGCCUCACAGUAAUAUUGGACAUGGACGAAGGGACGCUAAGCUUUAUGGUGGAUGGACAAUAUCUAGGAGUGGCCUUCAGGGGCCUAAAGGGAAAGAGACUGUAUCCCAUCGUCAGUGCAGUCUGGGGGCACUGUGAAGUAUCAAUCCGCUACGUCAAUGGACUAGAUCCGGAGCCACUCCCCCUCAUGGACCUGUGCAGACGAGUAGCUCGACUCGCUCUGGGUCGGGAACGCAUCCAUCACAUCGAGACGCUUCCUCUGCCACAGACCCUGAAAAACUACCUCCAGUACCAGUGACUGCUCCCCUCCACAUGCACACGCGGGGAUCCAGGCGGCGAAACGCAGAGGCCCACCUGCUGCCUCCAAACUGGACUUGAGGAAUCUGCUCAGCACAGCGACGUUGACCAGAAACAGGCGGUUAGGAAGUGCUAUAGAAGCAGGCGAUUGUUUACACCUUUAGGAUGUUUUCAGUUUGGAUGUCAUCUCUUGGUUUUAUUAUUAUUAUUUUAGUGGUUAUAUUCUCUGCCUUUUUUCACUUAGACAUUAUUAACAGAGCUGAUGAGAUGAUCUGAUUGGCAUCAAGCUGAUGUAAAGAAGUCGAGCCGCAGUCGGCGCGGCCUCACGCAGUGUGGUUUACACCGACUGUCUGCUCUGCACAGCCUCUUUGAGGACGCUUCCUCUCAGACAUGUUGGUAUUUAUAUUUAUGUUCCCAACAACACAGUGGGCUCCUGUGGGGACAAAACACUCCCUGCAAGCCAUAGGA